AUGCCAGCCGUUACCUGGCAGCUCCAGAGAGCCGCCUGCCUCCUGCUCCUGCUCCUGCUCUGCUCCUUGGCCGCCGCUCGCCAGAACCUGCCCGAGUGCUGCCGGCAGAAAACCUGCUCGUGCCGCAUCUACGACCUCCUGCACGGCAUGGGCAACCACGCCGCCGGCAUCCUCACGUUGGGCAAGAGGAAGAGCGUCCCACCGGCCUUCCAGAGCCGCCUCUACCGCCUGCUGCACGGCUCCGGCAACCACGCCGCUGGCAUCCUCACCAUGGGCAAGCGCGGGGAGCACCCCGGCACCGGUGCUCAACCCACGCCGGCGCUGAGGGGCACCGCUGCCAGCCCCAGGGAGUGCCAGGGACACGCUGGGAAGGAGGUGACCAAGAGCCGGGGAGCUGCGAAGAGCUUUUACUGA